ACCAGACUGAGUGAGGAUCAACCAGAGAGAAACAAGCUUCCAGAAACUGGAUACAGGAUCAAGAGAGACCAGAAAGUGAACAAAGAGAGAGCUGAGUUAUGGAGACACAUCACUGUGAUACAUGUUGGAAGAGCUUUUCCUCAUCCAGUAACCUCAAGAAGCACAUGAGGAUCCACACUGGAGAGAAGCCCUACAGCUGUGACCUCUGUGGUAAAACCUUUAGCCAUGCUAGCAGUUACACAAUUCAUAGCAGAAUCCACACAGGGGAGAAGCCCUACAGCUGUGACCUUUGUGGUAAAACCUUUAGCCGUGCUGACCAUUUCAGAGCUCAUCGCAGGAUCCACACUGGAGAGAAGCCCUACAGCUGUGACCUCUGUGGUAAAAGCUUUAGCCAUGCUAGCAGUUACACAAUUCAUAGCAGAAUCCACACAGGGGAGAAGCCCUACAGCUGUGACCUUUGUGGUAAAACCUUUAGCCGUGCUGACCAUUUCAGAGCUCAUCGCAGAAUCCACACAGGAGAGAAGCCAUACAGCUGUGACCUCUGUGGUAAAACCUUUGGCAAGAAAAGCAAUUUCACAGCUCACUGCAGGAUCCACACAGGAGAGAAGCCCUACAGCUGUGACCUCUGUGGUAAAACCUUUAUCCAGGCUGGCAGUUACACAAUUCAUAGCAGGAUCCACACUGGAGAGAAGCCCUACAGCUGUGACCUCUGUGGUAAAAGCUUUAGACAGACUGGGGAUUUGACAGCUCACCGCAGAAUCCACACAGGAGAGAAGCCCUACAGCUGUGACCUCUGUGGUAAAACCUUUAGCCAGGCUGGCAGUUUCACAAUUCAUAGCAGGAUCCACACUGGAGAGAAGCCCUACAGCUGUGACCUCUGUGGUAAAACUUUUAGACAUAGCUUUUCCUCAUCCAGUAACCUCAAGAAGCACAUGAGGAUCCACACUGGAGAGAAGCCCUACAGCUGUGACCUCUGUGGUAAAACCUUUAGCCAUGCUAGCAGUUACACAAUUCAUAGCAGAAUCCACACAGGGGAGAAGCCCUACAGCUGUGACCUUUGUGGUAAAACCUUUAGCCGUGCUGACCAUUUCAGAGCUCAUCGCAGGAUCCACACUGGAGAGAAGCCCUACAGCUGUGACCUCUGUGGUAAAAGCUUUAGCCAUGCUAGCAGUUACACAAUUCAUAGCAGAAUCCACACAGGGGAGAAGCCCUACAGCUGUGACCUUUGUGGUAAAACCUUUAGCCGUGCUGACCAUUUCAGAGCUCAUCGCAGAAUCCACACAGGAGAGAAGCCAUACAGCUGUGACCUCUGUGGUAAAACCUUUGGCAAGAAAAGCAAUUUCACAGCUCACUGCAGGAUCCACACAGGAGAGAAGCCCUACAGCUGUGACCUCUGUGGUAAAACCUUUAUCCAGGCUGGCAGUUACACAAUUCAUAGCAGGAUCCACACUGGAGAGAAGCCCUACAGCUGUGACCUCUGUGGUAAAAGCUUUAGACAGACUGGGGAUUUGACAGCUCACCGCAGAAUCCACACAGGAGAGAAGCCCUACAGCUGUGACCUCUGUGGUAAAACCUUUAGCCAGGCUGGCAGUUUCACAAUUCAUAGCAGGAUCCACACUGGAGAGAAGCCCUACAGCUGUGACCUCUGUGGUAAAACUUUUAGACAUGCUAACAGUUUCAGAGCUCAUAGUAAGAUCCACACUGCUAUUUAUGUCCAACAAAUGACAUAUUGA